AUGAAAUUAUCAGGAUUUGUAGAUUUAUCUAAACAAUACACACUUGUUUUUGUUGAACAAAACAAAUAUCAGUUAAUUAAAACAGAUAUUCAAUACUGUGAAUUUCAUAUUAUUGGAAAAGAUCCUAUUUUCUCAAUUGGAAUGGUUUUAAGUACUUUGAAUAAAAGAUUUGAUAAUAAAUCAGAUAGAGUUGUAAAACUCAGUUCUAAUGAUAGAAAAAUAUUCAAUGAAGAAACAAAAGGAAACAAUACAAAUACACUAUUUGAAGAUAGUGAUGUUAUUGGGUGUGGAUACAUACCAUCACAACAAAUUGUAUUUUACACAAGAAAUGGAAAUUUAAUAAAUGUCAUUCAUACAGAAUAUAAGAUGAAUUGUUUUGCAAUUGAAUUAGAAAGAUAUAACACUGUCAAUAUUAAUACAGGAAAUCAACCAUUUGUAUUUGAUUAUAUUGGAUUUUGUAAUGACUUCAAUACAAAUACAUCAUUUUUAAAGAAGACAUUCACUGUUAAUUGUGAAUUAUUCAUUUUUGAAAUUAAAAUGUCUGGUAUAACAACAUUAGAACAACUAAAAAAUAAGUUGUUGGAAAUAGUAAUUAAUAGAAUUAAUACUUCUAAACAAGUCAAUAUCAAAACAGAUAUAUUUGAAUGUGAAGAAAUGUUUUGGAAUGAAGGAUUGAUAGAUGAAGAUGAAAUAAAUCAUAUUUAUGAUAUUAAAAAUAGAAUUACAUUUAAAGAAGACUGUGAAUGUUCUACUAUUUUCAGUGUUCUUAAAACAAACUCUCAAAUUGAAAUGAGUUUUAUUACUCAUCAACAACAAGAAGACCAAAUUGUUUCUGAAGAAGUGGAGUGGAGUGAUUUUUGUGGGUUUGACAAACCAGUAAUUCUAAUGUAUGAUGAUACAAUUAAAGAGAAAGAAGAGUUUUGUUGUCAUUUAGAAUUGAAUGAUGCAAUAGAUAUUGGUGCUACUUAUCCAAAUCAAAGAAUUAUCAAAGAAGACAAUACUAAGAAAGCGUAUGAAUGGAAAGGGACAUAUUGUAGUGAUGGAGUAUCAAAUUGUGUAAUUGAAAUAAAUAACAAACACUUUGACUAUUUAUUCUGGGAAGGUGUUUGUUUGAAGAAAGAAGAGUUUAAAGGAAAAGAAGUUGGCAUAACACAUGAAAAUAUGUCUGAUGAAUUAGAAGGGGAACCAAAAUAA